GAAUGCAAAUCGGCAAAUGUCAUAACAUCAUAACGCGCAAAAAUAGCGUUUACAACGAAAAUUUUCUUCUCUUAGUACCGUUAAUUUAGCUACUUACCGAUGGUCUGAUUGUAUUGUACUUUGUGUCGCGUUGCCUUGUGAUAGUUAAAGUCUAGUCAAAACCAAAGAUAGCGAUGAGCUCGCGAACGUGCUCCUCGAUGGAUUUCUCCAGCUUUGUGAACGAAUUGAACCAGAGCCCCCAAAUUGAUUAUGAAAACGCCGCCAAUCGUAACUGUUACCUGCCGGAAACUCGUUUGUCGCAAGAUUUUGAGAACAGAAUGCAAAAACUUUUAGCCAACUACGAUUUGGAUGAAAUGGAUGUUGCUGCCGUAGACGACGAUGAUCCUCCGUCGGAAUCUGCUGUUUGCAACAAACUGGAAGCUAUGAAUGAAUGUAAUAAUUCCGGCUCAAAAAUUGAUAUGAGUCAAAACGGUUCUUUGGAUACCACAGCGGAGACCUAUUUCUCACCAGUGGAACUAUCGCCGGAUGAUUUCGAAAACAGUGACGACGAGGGAAGUUCCGACGAACAGCAACAGUCGCGUUCGCUUUCACUCUCGUACUCUCUUUCGGUUUCACAUGCGCAGGAGAAUUUCUCCCAAAGCACCGACAAAGGACUCUCGAAGCGAUACGACUCACCUUGCUCGUACGAGGAUGAUCGCGAGUCCGAGUGUACCAAUUUUGAUAAGCUGGAUGACUGGAAUGAUCUUAUAAACGAUUUGCAUAACAACAACAAUAAUAAUAAUAAUGCCGAUAAUGCGAACAGAGAUUUUAGAGACUACUACGAGGAUUACCUACUGACGGGUAAAGGACAGACUGGCACCGCUUCCGGCGGGCCCGGCGAAGGUGAAACAAACGAGGAAUGUGAUUCAAAAUCGAUAGAUAAAUUCUGCAAGGUGGAGGACAAGGAUGUGAUUGAUUCGGUUGAGAAAUCAAACGAUCCUCGCCCUGAUACGCCUGCUCUACUUCCUCGUAAAACGAUAACCACGGAAAAAUAUCGGAACUUUCAGGAAUAUCGUAAUCCGGCUGACGCGAGCGAGCGGGAAAUGUUCCUCGAUGAUAACUCGAACUCUCUUGCAGCGGAUAUGGACGAAACGGCCAUCAUUCAACCAAGUUCAGGUAAGCGUAAGUUUGCCUUCGAAGACCGAGAAGACUAUGAAUACGAGGUGAACACAUUGAUUGUGGAGAAAUUCCACAAGACUGAUGUCGUGCCGGAUCGUGGAUGUCAUCCUCCGAUUUCACUAAUCGACGAGGAAAAAUUCGCCAAGAUGACUCGGGUUGAGUUUCCCAAUAAAAUACCCGUUCCAGAGUUACACGAAUGCGAUGAGGGAAAGAAAGAAGCUGAUGAGUCCGCUCCGAUUGGGGGAGAAAUGGAGGAUAUCGCAACGACGCCUACGAACAGCAGGAACAUUCAGCAAAUGUUCCAUGACGAGAAGCGUUGAAAGCGGCAGCAUCCAAAGAUGCUUCCAAUGCUCACUUCCCGUUCGAAUCUAAAUUUUAAUCUACCGGAAAUUGAAAUGCUUUUUUUAAUUCCAUGAAUCUUUAUUCACUGACCAUUUCAUCAUCAAUACAUACUUUUACUUAACAUUUUUUUAUUUACAAUUUAAUCAGUAUUUCUGUUAUGUUAAACUAGAGUUAUUAUCUUAUAUAUC